AUGUCAAAAGCUAAUGUGUCCUUCUGGGUACAAAAAGAAGGUAACAGACCUGAUUUACUCUGUGGAAGGGCCGCUGACUACCCUGUUGUGAAGGGACAUUUCCUGAUUCUUGUAUGGUCCACGCUUGUUUUGGGAGGACUUCUGAGGGCAUUUUUAAAGAAUUCUGACGUCAUUGUCUUGACGAUUCUUUCUCUAUUUGGACUUUUAAUAGGACAACUGGCCUACGAUUUUGUUGAGAUGCACCAAAUUGUCUACCCUCUUCUAAGAACAUCAAGUUUUUCACUUUAUUGUUAUUUUUCACCUUUAAUUAUAUUUAUGGCUGCUUUGGAUGUAGACUUCUAUAUACUCAAGAAUGUGUUUUGGCAGGUCUUCUUAACUGGAUUAAUUAGCUUUGCUACAGCAUUCAUCAUAAUUGGAUAUGUGGUUCUGAAAUUCAAUAAACAUUCAUGGGAUUUGGAGUCUUGCCUCCUCUUUAGCAUGGCCCUUGGCAUUACAGAUCCUAUUUAUUCUGUGAAUUCACUGAAAACUAUUGGCAUUUCUAAGAUGUAUACUGAUAUCAUUAGAGGAGAAUCAAUGAUCAUCUGUGGCUUCACAUCCAUUUUUUUUUCAGUUUUUCAGAGAGGCAUACUUCAGAUGUCCAACUUUAGAGAGUUACAUGUAAUUGUGGGCCUCACCUUGGACAUUUUGGGGAGCAUAGUAUGUGGAUAUUGGUGUGCAAGGAUCAUUCAGUUUAUAUUGACUGACCUGUUCAGCAAUACACUGACCAAUAUAAUUUUUUGCAUCUCAAUGGUGUACAUGACUUUCUACAUUGUGGAAUUUUUGGGAAUGUCAGGUACAGUUGCGUUAGCCACUGUAGGACUAAAUUUAGAUUCCUUAAGCUUUAAACCGAGGAUCAAGUUGAUAAUUACUAAGUUUCUAAUAAUGUUUUCAUGUAUAUUCCAACAUUUAAUAUACACUUUCUUUGGCAUCGUAAUUGGAUGUGGACAAAUCAAAGAUUUUCAAUUUCACACUGUAGUUUUCAUGUCUAUCUUAUUUGUAACAGUGAAUUUUGUAAGGUUUGUUACUGUUGUGUUAGUAAGCCCUAUUCUGAUGCAUUCAAGUUAUGAGUACAACUGGAGGUGGGGAAUUGUUAUAGCAUGGUCUGGAAUUAAAGGAGUUUUUAGCUUACUCUUUGCUCCUGAAGUUCAUAAUCUGGCUGAAGAAAGAGUAGAGUCACCAGAGCUGUUUAUAUUGUACAUACAAGUAAUAUCCUUAAUGACCUUGGGAAUAAAUUCAUACAUGAUGACUCGUUUGGCCAGGACAUUAGAUUUGUGUGCCCUUUCCAUUCCAAGACAGAUGGCCAUGCAAAAUGCCAUUAAGCACAUCCAGGAGAUGAUACAGAGCAGAAUAACUUUAUUUAAAACAGAAAAACUUUUGACAAAUGUUAAUUGGACCUUAGUAGAAGAAAAAACAAAGAUUGAAUACAUCAUUCCUACUCCUCAUGUUUCAAGUGACAAUAAGGCGAAGGAAGAGUUCCCAACAGAUGAAGUUUUACUAGAAGAAGCCCGAUUGCAUGUAGUUAUGAUACAAAUAAGUAGCUUUGAAAAGCAGUGUAAUGAUGGAGUCCUUAGUGUCGAGGCAGCCCGGACAUUAAUUGGUGCAACCAAAAGCUAUUGCCACAUCCAAGGAAAAUUCAUGAGUAUUUAUGAUGUUUCAACUUAUGUAAGAGCUAGAAGUUGGCUUGUGAAGUUUAAACACACAUUAACUUUCUUGGAAUAUCAUAAAGAUAAGACAUCUGCUAUUCUAUAUGGGCAUAAUAGAUUUCUUAUAUUUAUAUAUCACAUUGUAUUUUCAGAAGAAUUUGAAAAUGCAGAACAUAUUAUAGGAAUAAUGUACAUUUAUCCUAUGAUAAUGCACCUGUGGCCAACAGCAAGAAAAUUAAAUGUGUCAGGACUGAUAUUCGUAAACUACUAUUUUGUAUGUUUAUAUCUGUUAGAAUCAGCAUUGAAGAUAAUAAUUUUGAAAAAGAAAUAUUUUCACCAACACUGGAAUACUUUGGAAUUUUUUAUUGUGAUUAUUGGAAUUGUUGAUGUAUUUUGUAUAUACUUUGUGAGACUGAGACCAGACAACUUGAUCCUUAUUCAGUUUACAGUAAUAAUAGGUUAUUUCAGAAUAAUUAGAUUUUUUCCUCUUCUCAAGAUAAUAAUACCACUGCUGAUAAAUAUUGUAGAUGUGCAGAUCAAAAAGCGCCUCAGCUUGACAUAUAGUAUUACAAAAGGCUAUGUCAAAAGUCUAGAGGAUACCAAGUUUUUAAUAAGACAGAUUUCUAGCCGAAAGUCAAUAGAUCAGAAAUUAUAUGAAAUUCUGGAAACCAACAAACAAGAUGCUGUCAAAGAACUAGGACUCAUAGAGCAUGAGGGUCGUGAUGUUGUCAUUGCUUUGAAGACCAAGCAGGCAAUCCGGAAUGUGAUUGCUAAAGCUCUGAAAAGCCUCACCUUCCUUUCGUCUAGAGGCAUUAUUGAUAAAUAUGAGAGCCUCGAGAUGAAUAAGGUACUUCUUGAAAAAAUAAAAUCAUUGAAUAACUUUCCAAUGGCAAUCCCGCUCCCUACUCCUGACAAAUAUCUUCAUAAUAUCAUUUGGCUAGAAAAUAAAGAUGCUCUCAUCGAAUUCUUCAAGGAAAGAGCUAAACUCGCCUAUUUUGACUACGGAGAUGUCAUUUGUAAAGAAGGUGAAAUGCCGCAAGGAAUCUACUUGAUUAUUUCAGGAAUGGCAAUCUUGGAGAGUUCACCUCCUACUUUUGGAAUAGACAGGAGCCUAAGGCCUGACAGAGAGUCCACAACUAGGUUUACAGAGUACUGUACCAGUGGAGACGUAAUUGGAGAGUUGAGCUGUCUACUUAAGCGUGAAAUUGAAUAUACUGCCAUCUGUGAAACUAUUUUGCAGGCCUGCUUUAUCUCCCUGGAGGAUUUAUAUGAAGGCUUUGAUUUCUUCUGGCCAUCCCUGGAAUAUAAAAUAUGGCUGAAGCUUGCUCUCAGUAUUGCCUAUCAGUAUUUUGAAUCAAGUCUUGUUGAUGAGGACCUAAAAUUUCAGAAGUGUGUGACGCUCAAUCAUGCAUAUGUGGAGACUUUAUCAAGCUAUAAUGAAAUGAGUAUUGAUAACGUGAACAUGAAAUUUGUUAUUCUUGUGUAUGGCAGUGUUAUUGAUACCAAGACAGAGGUACCAUAUUUUGCACCUUGCAUUUUACCUAAAACCUGUGAACAGGUUCAGGGAACUUCAGAUUUAAGCAAGCUGUUGGUUAUCCAAGCACCUGCGCCUGACAAAAAUGAUGACAAUGCCAAGGUCAUGGGUAAGGGGGUAGCUCUUUAG